AUGGCCCAGGCUCCCAUCCUGGCUAUAGCUCACCAUGCCUGGUCAGAUGAGGAGAAUGGCAUUUUGUUGGGGCGACUGAAUGCAGAAUUAGAAGCCAAAACAGAAAAACUGGUGCGUCAGGCUGAAGAGCUGAUGAAAGGCCAACAGAAGAUACUAUCUCGACCAGUUUCAGUACAGUCUAAGUCACCUGAAGAUGACAGACAGAGAGAUCCACUCUUCUACUCCAGUCCUGAAGUUUCAUCUCCUACACACUCACAUGCCAAGGUAGCAAGCAAGAAGAAAUGUGCUGCUGCACCCACAGAUCGGAACAGACAGUACUCUGGAAGUAAGGGAAAAAGAACAACUUCAAGUUCAAAAAUAAGAAACAUGGAAGUGCAAAGUGCUGAUGGUGUUGCAGUACUGGAAGAUUGCAUAGGUUUUUCUUUAACAAAAGCAAUAAGCAAAGUUGAAGAAAAACUAAAGAAAGGAGUCUUACCAGAUUGUCCAGAUGAUGAUAUUAUUCCAAGUGUUGGAAACGAAAUGGGAGCAGAAGCUCAAAUCAGAUUUCUGAAGGCAAAGUUACGUGUUACACAGGAAGACCUGGCAAGUGUAGUGUUUGAAUGCAAGAAAAAGGAUGAUCAAAAUCAGAAUUUAGAAACUCGGCUUAAAGACACUGAAGAGGAAAACACGAGACUGCAGCGAACGAUCAGCGUGCAGCAGAGUCAGACUGAGAAGUACAAAAUGUUGUCACAGGAAGCAAACAAAAAAAGUGAAGGGUUACAACAAGAAGUCAUUGCACUAGAAAAGGAGCUGGAGAACCUAAAGCGGGUACAAAAGCAGGCCACAGCCAGUCAGAGUGCCACAGAGGUUCGACUGAACAGGGCCCUGGAGGAAGUGGAAAGGUAUAAAGUGGAGCUGAACAAACUGAAGCAAAGCAACAAGGAUGUAGCUAACCAAGAACUCAAAACAAUUGAAGAAUUAAAAACAGAAAACAAGAAACUGCAGAAACAAAAAGGAGAGCUAAUUACAGGUUUUAAAAAGCAGUUAAAGUUAAUUGAUAUUUUGAAGAGACAAAAGAUGCACAUUGAAGCUGCCAAGAUGCUUUCUUUUACUGAAGAGGAAUUCAUGAAAGCUCUUCAGUGGGGAAAUUAUUGAUUCCAUUAAAAAACAGCUUCUGUUUGAAAGACAACUCAGAUGGUACAUUAUUUUGGGACUGUAUAUGAAUCCUUGUUAAUAGUCAAUAACUGUAUAUCCCAGCGAAUUGAUUUUGUUGAUUUUGCUUAUGUUUAAAUUGUUUAACUUUUGUAAGCCUGACAGCUUGGGUUGUAAUGUUGUAUGAAAUACAAAUUUCUACUGCAGUGUCAGGCCAAACUGUCCAUUCUGUAACUAGCAGAGAAGCACAGACCGUGCAAGGAAUAGUCCAACAAGUGAACUUUGUUAAUCAGUUUGCUCUGGUUUAGCAUUUAAAACAAUACCUUAUCUAUGGUAAUAUUCAGUCCAAAGAAGGCAGGAUUUAGUCUCAGAAAAUUUCUCGUUGCAACAGAAAUAAAUUAACCAGUGAUCCAGUUGAGAAGAAAAUGUCACGUCCUUUUUAAAACACGUGGUUGGAAAAUUGGCCUUGUCUGUUCUCUGUAACAGAUCUCCCCUCAAAGCUGGUUGGUCUGGCAUCUAAUUUAAGCACCAACAGCUCUUUUAUAGAAAUGAUCAUAACUUGUUUUAGUCAUUACAUCUUCCCCCCUGGCUGGCAUAACCACACAUGAGACUUGCCCCUCACUGCCCAGACAGACUCCUUUAGUCAAGGUGAAAAUAUUAAACCUUUCCCUGGCCAUCAGCUGCUGCCUGGGGAUAAGUCAGGAGCUGUGACUAUUCACAGGUGUUCUACAAGCACUAGUCAUCAUUGUAAUCAAGAACUAGGUAAAAGAUUAAGGGUCGAUGAGCUGAGCAUACCAUGUGUACAGUAAUGAACAGGAGCAACACAGGCCUGUGCUGCUUCCAUGAACCUGUCAGACCUCUGUGAUUCCAAUGGAUUCCUCCCUCAGGGGAAGUGAAUAGGAACAUGGCACAGAAAGUCAGUUUAUGCACUGAAAGGUACAAACAGUGGUUCUGACCUCAGAAUGGAUCAAUGUCUCUGCCUUAGAUCUACCAGCAAAGUACCUCAGAUCUACCACUUUGAGGAGGAUUAGGAUCAUAGUAGUGUAGUGCCAGUACAGCCAAAUCUUCCCAUUCCCCCCACAACUAGUGCAUGAAGAGAAUCCUGUAGUCCAUAUUGGAAUACAUGUGUGCAUUUACACCAGCUUGGUUUCUGCUGUGCUGCUGGAGAAGACAUUUCUAUCAUUGCUACACCACUAACUGAGAAGAACUGAGAACUCAGGACAGUUUAUUGAUGAAAAAUGUGCAGCACACAUCUAUAUAAAACUAACUGCUCAUCAGCUGAGAACUUUGGUCUUAAAAUGGAGACUUUUAAUGGUGUUAAAAAGGAGUUCCUCACUGUUAACAGCAAAUGGAAGUUUUCAUUGGGAAUCAGCUGACACCUAGUGGCAAAGCAGGAGCUGAGCUGGGGAAAGGUUCAGCUCUCUUCUGAUAAUUCAUUACCUCUUCUCUGCUGGUAAGCCAACCUAAAAUCUUCUCCAAGCAUGUUAAUGUCAUUUUCAUCUUUGAGUAUCCCCUGCAGUAAUGGGAAAGAAACACACAUUAGAAGGGAAAACUAAGUAGAGAGAUUUCUGUGGAUCUCUGCAAUUUUCCAUCAAGAGAAUGGAUAGUUUGUAUCCAUAAUACCAUUGUUACCUUUAAAACAAACCUGAAACUCAAGCCU